UUUGUAUAAAGCGCCAUCUGCAGGAGCAAGCAUUACCGUCAAAUAUCGGAGUUCAACGAACCAGUGAGGGUGUAAUGUUUCUCUUUGUGGCGCGCAAACGUCAUCCAAGAUUGUUUACAAAAUUUUCGGAGCAGUAUCUUCGCAACGCGGCUUGUUACCGACAAAAAUGAUUAAUCGCCGCUUAUGAGUGCUUCUUGGACGAACGUUACACGCUGUACGCCGCAGUAAUACACGUAAUCUCCGUAAAUACACGUGGCGAGAAGCUAAGUCUUGCUUAACCUAACCGGUGCGCGCACUCGCGGAUUAUCCUUCCGCGUUGUAAAUAAAAAAAAAUAAAAAUAAUCACAGGAUGCUUUGCGGACGCUUCACGAGCAAAUAUUGACUAAUCGCUUGAAAACUCGCUAAACGGUGGCAGGGAACUGCUUAGAUGGAUAAUGAGUGAGUCCGAUGACACGGACGUUCUCCUCCUGAUCCCGCCCGAUAUAUUCCACGUUCCCUCUUCCGAUUCAGACACCAACUCGGUGAGAACGGAUUGCGCGAGGACCGGUGUUAUUUCGGAGCUGGUGGGGCACAUGCAGUCAUUGGAGUCUCGUAUCUCCGCUAUUGAGUCUAAGGAUAACAGUCUGGACGUCUCCAGUCUGAACAAUUUGUUGGACAAUUCCCAGCCGAUCUGCAGCAGUGCGUCUUAUUGCCGACAAACUUUGCCUAGAACCAGGUUCUCCGUAAGUCAGGGUGCUAGCUUGCAAAAUACCCCUGUAAAAGUUCAUAAAUCUCUAUCUCUUCCUUCCACUCCCAGUCGAUACUCUUGUUCUAAUUCCCCAAGAAAUGAGAUGAGACCGGGAUGCUACCUUCCGACAGCCACUAUCUCUAAUUCGACUAAUACUAAUGCUCUCACUCGGACCAAGCAUGAUACUCUAAUGUCGUGCUCUGAUUCCUCCAUGGUGCCUCCUGCUUCUUGCGGUACUGGGCUCUCGCAUGCCACUGCUAUGUCCACAAAGAGGGAAUCCCACUUGUCUCUCCGUCCGAAUGAUCGUAUGAAUACGAAUAACUUGUGUUAUAAACCCACUGAUUCCUGGCAUUCAGCACUAUCUGUAUCGAACUUAUCUAAUGCAUCGACAGGUCAGCAGCAUACUCGUCCUAGAAUAGUGCAAGAUAUGGAGCUGUCGGAGGUUGACGAGCUGCUCCAAGAAAUGGAAGCCACAGAAUUGAAACUAUCGAAAAGAAUAAAUAGCGGAUAUCAAUAUCGUAAUGAACCAAUUCAUUCAGUAAGUCAAACUGUUGACAGCACAAAUCAAGAAAAAGAUGCACAGCUCAAGCUUGGAACAGAAAGUUGGAAGCUUCAAAAGUUAGAUUUUCUGUCGAGCGAUAAAGAAGCUCAGCUCACUGAUUCUUUGCCAGGAUUUUCUCAAAAGAAAUCAAACGCAUUCCCAGAUAUAUCAUUGUCACACAGUGAUUCAUUCCACUUAAAUGAGACUGACAGAAUGAUUUCUGAAUUCAAAACAUGGGGACAAAGCGUUCAGCAGCCUGUUUCCAAAUCAAAUGGAUAUACAACGGAAAGUAUAAAUAGCACAAAUAAUUUAGAUUUAUUUAACGUAUCAUCCGAUACAAUCGAGAAUGCUAAACCGAAAGAAACAAUGGCAGAUCAAAACAUUCUAUCUACGAGUGAAGCAAGUACAAGUAGCGUACAUGCUAAGUUAAAAUCUUCCACUAUGAGUGCCGGUCUUACGUCACACAACAGUGAAUCAAUGAAAUUUUCCGGUACGAACGCGGUGCCGGUAACUCUUUCAACAAGAUUUUCUCUGUUAAAUCCUUGUAAAACGCCACAGCACAAUGGAAAUAUACACGACGAUAGAGAAAGAUCUGAAUUUGCCAAAAGCACUGUACAUGUUGGAACAAAUACAGAUCUUCAUUUAAGGACUUGUCAGCGAUUUUUAUCACUCUCAGAUUUUUGGGACAUUAAUCCAGCUAGAUCGCAAGAAGAAACGCUUAGAAUCAAGUUAGAAGAGGAGAAAUUUCGCAGAGAGCAUUGUGAGAAUCUGAUCCAAGAGCUUCAGAAACGAUUGCUGGAACAACAAGAAAAAGUGGCCGUAGCGGUUAGAGUCGACAACGAGAAAAAUGUUAUGAUAUCUCAAUUUCACACAGCUUGGUCUAAAUUAAAGCAACAAGUCGAAAUGUUAGAAGUUGAACACAAAAAUUUGCAAACCAAUCUGGAAAAUGUCGCGGCGAAACAUCAGUCGGAAAUCUCAGAAUUCCAAAGUCAAAUCAAACGGCUCGAAGGGGAGCUAUCGAAGGCCUUAGACUUGGCAGCUGGAUAUAAGGAGAAGAGUGACACUACGAUCAAAGAAAAAGUCAAUUUGUUAAAGGAGCAUGCGGAUGAAUUAGAGAGUUGCAAGUCAUUGGUACAAGAAGCGGAAAAUAGAUAUGAACAAGUAAAAACAGAGUUCAACAGGCUCUUAGAAAAGAAUCAACAGAACGAGGAGACAUUAAAAACUGUUCAAUUGGAAUUGAAUAAAGAACGUUUGCGAGGAGGUGAGGUGCGAAAUGAGAUGAAUCUCAUUCAUAAAGCAUUAGAUACUUGCGAAGCUGAGUUGAUAGUGCUCAGACAAGAAAAAGAAAAUUUGCAGCUUAAGCUCAAAGAGGAAAUGAACAGAAAUUCUAUUUUAGAACAAAAGAACUUAUCAUUGCUCGCAUCGAUUGACGAUGCCAAGAAGGCAGAGAAAUUAGCUAAGGACGAAACCAAAUCUAUCGUCGAAGAAAAGGAAAAAAUUAGAGCAGAAUUACAAGAAGUUUACCAAAAACAGGUUGAUGAAGUGGUGAAAGCAAAAUUACAAGAAUUUCAAACGCAACUUGAUAAUGCCGAAUCAGAAUUUUUAGAAGAAUUGAAAACAAGACAGCAAGUUAUAGCUGAAUGCGCUGCUCGGAAGAUAAAGGACGUUAUUGAUAAGCAUCGUUUGGAGAUCAAUUUGUUGGAGGAAAAACAUAAAGAAGAGAAACGACUGUACGAAUUGCAAUUAGCUCAAGCUUUACAAAGAUCGGCCAUGUUAGAAACACACUUAAAUUCUCAGCGAGCAACAAAAACUCAACUCGCGGAACAACUGCACUCCGUUAUGCAGAAACAAUGGCAGCAAGCUUUGCACAUUAUUUCGGGUGGUAACACGGAUAACUUAUCUCCGCUUCAAAGAAUUCACGCAGAGAAAUAUUUUGAUUCUAAUGGUCCCAAAAAGUCUGAAUCAUUGCCAAAUUGUUACACUAAACUUUCUCAGGAACCAAGAUACGCGACUCAUUCGUUAGAGAUGCAAAAGCUGAUCGACGUACAACCGUUUGAAGAACAAAACGAGAGUACGAUCGCAGUGAAAUCCAUUGAAAAUACACCGGUAACCAGUAAAAAAGGAUCGAAGGACGAGCUUCGGAAAUUCAUGAAAAUGAUUACAGAAAUGCAACUGGCAAAGGAAGAGGAUGCAAAGCCCAGACAUAGCAUUUCAAGUCCGCCAUUGGAAUGCAGAGAAGUACCGCGGAAACAUUAUUUGAAAAAGGAAUUAAGUAUAACGAGCGAGGAUAGCGUCUUGUGGCAUCCAGCAUCCGAGACUUCGAUGCGCGACAUUGGCGAAUCCCUUCCGCAAAAAACGAUUAGCAAGAUAGAUCAGCAGAGAAACAAGCCUCCUUGGAAAUGACAUAUAGUUGAUGAGAACGACGAUACUGAUGGCGUGGAUGAACUCGAUCACGUCAAUUCCGUUCGAUACAGUGUACUUAAUUAGCAGUAAUGCGAAGUUUUAUACGUAACAAAUGUGCAAAUAUCUAUUUUUUAGCAAGAAGAAAAUUUAAUAAAACAUUUUUUUACAUAGUA